AGGUUUCUCUGUAUACAAUAUGCGCAGUAACCAGUGACGAGUAGUAAACGAGAAGAGUGAUAACAUAUGCGACGUGUCGCUCAAGUACUGUAUCGAGUGUGACGUUUCGAUAAACGCAAAAAAUAAUAAAUAUGUCGAGCGAAGUGGACGAGUGCAAGCUGAAGGGUGGGCAUCCGCCAGCAGUAAAGGCGGGUGGUAUGAGGAUAACGCAGCAUAAGACGCCGAAGGACGAACGCGAGACGAAGUCUAAUAAGGAUGUGGAGGAAAGCAGACCAUCCAGCAGUCCGCCGAAAACGAUGAUAAUUAGCGGUGUGCCGGCCAAAGGGAAUGCUGAUUUUCCACCGGAAGCUGUGCAACAUUUUCAUGAGAAACCUACACCGACGCACGAUGCACGACCGGCGCAUUGUUCGCGUCCCAUUAUUAUUCAACAACCAAGAAAGUGAAGUACUUUGCAAAUUGCAAAGUUCGCGAAUGACUUUAGUUCGCGAAGUCAUUCGUUAAAUUUAAUCGGCAAAAAAAAUUACAUUCACAUAUGCGUACUUAAAAGAAAACAUUUUUAUGGAAUUAAUCGAAGAGUUUAGACUUCGUAUGGCAGCAUUCGCAUCGCUCAAUCCUUGAUCCUUUAACCGAUAAACAGCCGAAGUUUUAUUAACAAGAUACGGUACAAUUUUUGUUUCAUUGACAAUCGUAGAUUUCGGAGGAAUAUCUAUUGAAAAUUUGUACGAAUUUGAGAUUGUAAAAAUAGGAAGAGAUGUAAAAAUAGGAACGAAUUUACUUUGUUAGUAAAAAUGAAGGACGAGCAGGCCUCGUGAUUAUCGGUUAAAGGAUUAAAGUUUGGUUUCGUAUGCUAAAGCGUUAAUCACUUCACAAGAGUUUAUUAUUGUUACAAAGGAAAGGGAAGAAUAGAAAAGCUUAUUUUUAACGCCACAAGAUUCCUAUAUCGGCAUUUAAUAAGUUUUUGUUUAUAAUUUCAACUUCAUCAGUUUUGCAUAAUUGUUCCUCUUAUACCAAAUACGAUAUUCGCUGCAGUUAUAUUAUUAUGACUAAGUAUUGCUGUAAUGUUACAUUACGCGAUAUAAUUACUGUUUUUGGGACCAGUAUACCUUGCGAUUCAAGAUGGAAAGAACUUUUCUAUUUAAUUAUAUUUUAAAUUUCGUGCGACUUUUUUCAUUUUUUUUUCCAUGACUGUAGGUCAAAUUGUCUGAUCUGCUCUAGAACAUCUUCCCGCUAUGUACAACAUUCCGACAUAUCUUGGUAUUAUUUUUAAUUUUUAAUUUCAGAACAUCAGGAUACUUUUGAUCAUAUAGAUGUUGAAUGUAUUAAUGUCGAAUGAGAAUCGUAAAGUUGGCGAUAAUUUGUAUAACAUUUGGGAAAGAAUAAACAUUCGUACAUGUACAAAA